ACCCUGGCUCGCGCCCGGUCACCCCACGUUCCCUGCCCUUCUACCGACCCUCAGGCCUGGCCCGCCACCUGCCGCCCUACCACUCUCCGACUCCCCCGCCCAGGCCUCAUCUCCGAGUGCUCAUCUGCGCCCCCUGAAGCUUUCGGCGGGGCGCCCGGCGCCUCAUCCGAGCGAGACGCAAUUAAGGAUGCCUAGAAGUUGAUGUACAUUUAUAUUAAGAAAUGUUUUGCCACCUGAGACCUGUGAGGAGGUUAUGUCUGGAGAAGAUAUUUCCACACUGGUUUCCCUACUCAAGAGCUUUAUCAGGAGCUGAAGCUGUCAAUGCUUUGAGACCGUUUUAUUUUGCAGUACAUCCAGAUUUCUUUGGACAGCAUCCCAAGGAACGGGAAAUCAAUGAAAAUUCUCUUAAGAGAUUAAGUGCCUACUUAGAAAGCCUUCAGAAGCCAGGCUUCAAGUCUUUGAAACCAACUCAGCUUAUGUUUUAUGUGAGAGAAACAGACCAGAAUUCCUCUGAUGGCCAGGAACACUUAAGCUCUUCCGGAUUUCGAGCAGUCAAAUUUACUUUGCACACCAGAGACCUGCUAAGCACAGUAUUACAUAUUCUCAACUGCUGCAGCUUGUCUAUUGAACACAUCCAAAGCUUGAAUACUAAUGUGCAUUCCCAGCCUCUCAAAGAGGCUAAAAGGAUGCCUGACAGGCCCAUCAAAUGGGACAAGUCUUAUUACACCUUUACUGGAUUCAAGGACCCUGAUGAAGACCUUGAACAAGUCUCAAGAAUGGAAACAACUCUACCAUCCUGGUUAGAUAACAAUGGAAAAAGUGCUGUUAAAAAGCUGAAGAAUAGUUUGCCACUUAGAAAAGAACUAGAUCGUUUAAAAGAUGAACUGUCUCAUCAAUUGCAACUCACAGAUAUCAGGUGGCAGAGGAGCUGGGGCAUCGCCCACCGCUGCAGCCAGCUGCAUAGUUUAGGCCGCUUAGCACAGCAGAACUUGGAAACACUUAAAAAUGCAAAAGGAUGUACAAUAAUCUUUACAGACCGUUCUGGAAUGAGCGCAGUGGGGCAUGUGAUGCUGGGGACCAUGGAUGUCCACCAUCACUGGACAAAACUUUUUGAAAGAUUACCAACUUAUUUUGACCUUCAGAGGAGGUUAAUGCUUUUGGAAGAUCAAAUAAGCCAUCUUCUAGGUGGCAUCCAAGUUGUUUAUAUCGAAGAAUUACAGCCAGUAUUGACCCUUGAAGAAUAUUACUCUCUUCUCAAUGUGUUCUACAACAGAUUAUUAAAAAGUAGAAUACCUUUCCACCCUCGAAGUCUGCGUGGCUUACAGAUGCUCCUGAAUAGUGACAGAUAUGCUCCAAGCUUGCAUGAACUCGGGCAUUUUAACAUCCCAAUUCUCUGUGAUCCAGCAAACCUCCAGUGGUUUAUUCUUACUAAAGCUCAACAGGCCAGAGAGAACAUGAAAAGAAAAGAGGAGUUAAAGGUUAUUGAAAAUGAAUUGAUGCAGGCUUCAACAAAGAAAUUUUCUCUGGAAAAGUUCUAUAAGGAGCCCAGCGUAUCCAGCAAACAGAUGGUGGACUGUUGUAAGAGACUUCUAGAACAAUCACUGCCUUAUCUACAAGGGAUGCACCUCUGUGUUUCACAUUUUUACUCUGUUAUGCAGGAUGGAGAUCUUUGUAUUCCUUGGAAUUGGAAGAAUGAAGAAGAUGUGAAAUAACACCAAAAAUCUGUAUUAUUUUUUAAAGAGAUAAGAAACUGUUACUUAUUUAAAUGCAGAGUUUGAAAUAACAGUAUUAUUUGCAUAUUAUGAAAACAAAGUUUCUAACUGCUGCUUUAAAAGUAGACUUUUUAAAAAAAAAUUAAUUUCCACAAAGAAACUUGUUUUUAAAAGGUUCUAGCUCCCAACCUUAAUCUGACUGGAAGGAUUGAGUUGAAAGAUGUUGACGUGAAAGAACCUAUUUUAGUGGUAUGUAAAUGAGGACUUUAAAGAGAUAUAUUUUUAUAUGAAUCAAAGUUGGUAAGUACAAACAGGUCUCAUGCGGUUCACUUCUAAAGUAACGGAACUCCCUCCCACGUGCAAUGUCAUUCAGCACACACCUUUAUAGGUCCCCCUCCUGUGUCCACACACAUGUAUUUUGCAGCCAGUACAGACAGGUGAUGUUCUGAACAGAUGGUGGAUGGGUAGCAAGAAUGAAGGCAACUAAAUUUUACCUAAAAUAAGCAGAAAAGUGGGGAAAGCAAUUGAACAGCUGACAGCAGUUUGUGAAACACCUUACUGACGAGAAUUUAGCUUCAAAUCCAUUGAAUUUUCCUACCCAUUAAAAUACUGUAACUGGUGGUAGCACGGAACCAGUAGACAGUGAGUGGUUCUGAAUCAUUCAUUGAGGUGACUCAUUUGUUUUCAUGGACAAACACUACCCAGGAAAAGCCUUGCUUGUUUCCCGAAGAGUUUCAACAAGCAGGGUCAGGUGCACAUGGUCAAGACCAGUAGGGAUUCCAGUCACCCCUCUCAUCUGGGUCUUCCUGCUUCGACCAGUGUCUGUAGUGCUGGUAAGAGCCCCUUGGGGCCACCUCUGGGCCACAGCAGUAUGGGUCUCGCUGUAGCCCCCACGCAGUCCAGCUUCUCUUGCUGCUGAGUGUCCCCUAGGAUAACAUUUUUAACCAGGUCUAGACUGAUAACAUUUUUAACCACUUCAGCCUGUUUCUCCAAAGGAGAAUGUGACUCCUGGUUUGGGACAGUGACUCUUACUGCUAAAGAUGAGAAAGGAACUUUUUCUGCAAUGGAUUCAAAAGGAAAGAUGUUAAAAGUUGUUCUUGAAGUAUGUUUUAAAUAUAUAUAAAACACACUGAUUAAACUGUUUCAAUUCAAAUGAGUGUUCAAAAGUGUUGAUUUCAGUUAUUAUACUCUGUGCAUAUUAUAUGUUUCUAUCCGUGCCUAACAACUAUACAUAUUUUUUUUUCUAAUGUAACAAAUGUUGCCUAUGAAGAUUUUCCAGAGCCAAAUGAUGGGAGUAAAAAAUUCCAUAAAGGUUACAUAAGAAAAUCUAUUGGAAAAAUGGUUUUGGAUUAUGCCAUUUUCUCAAAUCAACUAAUAUAGAAUCAUCAGUAAUAUGUUUUGAAGUGGACUCUGGACUCUGUCUCAGAACUAAUUGUUAUAUAAUAAAUACUGCAUUA